AUGCCUCGACGUCCUUCAUCAUCGUCCCCUCUGUUGGAUGACAGACAGUUUAAACGACCGAAACUGGUCCACCUAACUUCAGAAUCCUUCAAGAAUGGCAUCUUUCUGGCUCCGAUGGUACGAUCAGGUGCUCUGCCGACCCGUCUGUUUGCUCUAAAGCACGGCGCGUCGUUAGUAUGGGGACCUGAGAUGGUAGAUAAAGCGAUAUUGCAUGCGGAGCGAGUAGUAGACCCCAUCACCGGGGUCAUCUCGUAUAAUGGGAAAUCAAGAGCCAUGUUUACUACUCACCCAAUCGAGAAGCCAUAUCUCAUCUAUCAAAUCGGCUCCUCUAAUCCUGAGCUCGCGGUCCAGGCUGCGAAGACGGUAAUGCAGGACGUUUCUGGUGUUGACCUUAAUUGUGGUUGUCCGAAGCCUUUCUCCACCCAUUCGGGCAUGGGUGCUGCUCUCCUGUCCAACCCCGACCUCUUAUGCUCCAUCUUGGAAGCUCUGCGAGCAGCUAUGCCCCCUGAAAUCACAGUGACAGCGAAAAUCAGACUCUUGCCUACACAAGAAGAUACAUUGAAGCUUGUAGAACGAAUUAUCGAUACGGGAGUCAGUGCGAUCACGAUACAUUGUCGCACACGAAAUAUGAGACAGAAAGAAAAGGCACUCAUCGAACGGCUGAAGGAAAUCGUGGAAUUUGUAGAGGGGUUGGGAAAGGGGAUCGCCGUGGUAGAGAACGGGGACUGUGUUGGCUUUGAGGAUGCCCAGCGGAUACGCCAGCUAACAGGAGCACAUUCGGUGAUGAUCGCGACUGCAGCAGAAUCAAAUCCCUCAUGCUUUUCUCGGAGUCCGCUCCAGAAUGUAGAGGAAAAUUUGAUACCACCUUACCUCCGUUUGUGCAAGUAUGUUGAUAACCACUGGUCCAACACCAAGUUUUGUGUUGUCCAGUUCAAGGGUUCUGGGAGCAAGCUUAACAAGGCGGAUGCUCACAAGUUCCGAAAUACUCUCUCGAAAUCCAAGUCAUAUGAUGAUGUCGAAGAUGUCGUCGGAGAAUGGACUGGAGAGCAGGUGUUUGGGGAGAUCGUCAAAGCUAUCCAGUCUCGCCGACUCGGUCAUCAGGUGGGGACGGAAGAUUCGUCGCCACGGCCACAUGAGCGGGCAGGGUCAGAAGGAGGUCCACUUUGCACACCACCAGAUAGACUUAACCCAGAGCCUCCCAGUCUUGACGCACCCUUGGGUCCUAGUACUGCAGCAAGGAUGCCUAUCCCAGCCAUCAUCACUGGCGAUGAUGCUUUGACGCCAACACCAACGCCUCGGUGA